CAUCUUGAUUUGCAUUUAUAUGUUCUACCACUAAGCCACAAUUGCCUCCCAUGGGGUGUACAUUUUUUGUUUUUAGAGGAGUUCAUGAUGGGAGACCUGUGGCAACUGACCACUGUUUAUACGACCUCUGACCUCUACCCUGUCAACCUCACCGGCCUUAGCAACCUGGAGAACUCCACAAGCUCCAGCUGGGUAACCAGCAUCAAGUUCUCCCCUUACUACCAGCAUUCGGUAGCCGUGGCGAUCAUGUUCACCCUGGCCUACAUGUUCAUCUUCCUCCUGUGCAUGGUGGGAAACGGUCUGGUGUGUCUGAUGGUGGUGAAGAACCGCCACAUGCGCACCGUCACCAACAUCUUCAUCCUCAACCUGGCGAUCAGCGACCUGCUGGUGGGAAUCUUCUGCAUCCCCACCACGCUGGUGGACAACCUCAUCACAGGUUGGCCCUUCAGCAACGCAGUUUGCAAGCUGAGUGGUCUGGUGCAGGGAAUAUCUGUAUGUGCAUCUGUAUUUACCCUGGUGGCCAUUGCCAUACAUAGGUUCCGUUGUAUUGUUUACCCUGUCAAGCCCAAGCUAACACUGUUUGUUGCUAAGGCAACUAUAGGUUUAGUGUGGGCUUUGGCGUUGGUGAUAAUGGUGCCUUCAGUUGUUAUGCUGACGGCCGAGAGAGAGGAGGGCCACUUUGUCGUCUCCGUUGACAACCAGACCCUCCCUCUGUAUUCUUGCUACGAGACGUGGCCAGAUCCGGAGAUGAGGAAGGCCUACACCGUGGUGCUCUUCACUCACAUCUACCUGGUCCCUCUGGCCCUCAUCAUGAUCAUGUACAGCUGCAUCGGAGCCAAGCUGUACUCCACAGCCGUCCUGUCCAGCUUGGAGACUCCCGGUGGUGUGCGGGUAGGCAAGCCUCCCAUCUCGCAGAGGAAAGUAAAGGUCAUUAAGAUGCUAAUAUUGGUGGCUCUGCUUUUCACGCUGUCUUGGCUUCCCCUGUGGACCCUCAUGCUGAUCACAGACUACGCCAGGCCGGAGGGAGCCCAGCUUGAACUCCUGACGGGCUACAUCUUCCCCUUCUCCCAUUGGCUGGCCUUCUCCAACUCCAGCGUCAAUCCCAUCAUCUAUGGCUACUUUAAUGAGAAUUUCAAGAGGGGCUUCCAGGCGGCUUGUCGCCCUGGCUGCUACUGCGAUACGCUCCCACAGGAGCGCGCCGCCCCCCAGAAUCUCCCCCGCAGCAAGACGCAGACCCAGCGCGACACGGCCCUGAGCGCCAACCCCCUGAUCCUGGGCGUGAGAAACCGUAUCUACACGGGCAGCGACCCGACCGGCUGUGUGUGCCUGGAGAUGGAGCAGAAGAGGGAGGAGGGGAGCGUGGAGGCAGAAGGCUCGGGGGCGGAGGGCAGCAAUGGUGGGCUGGCGAUGAAGAGGAGUCCCUUUGUUGACGAUGGAGAUCUGGUGUCUGUUGUGGGGGCCGUUGUGUGUCGGGCGUGGGAGCUCUGA